GAGGGCGAAGCGAAGCCCCGGGGGGAUCGAGAACGGGGUGGGAGAGCCGGGCUCGGCGGCAGCGGCGGGGCGAGGCCCGGGCAUCGAGGGCGAUGGAAGAGGCGCUGCUCUCCACGCCCAUCAACCCCAAUAACUUCCCAGCCAAGCUGUGGCGGUUGGUGAACAGCCCGCGCUAUCGCUCCAUCCGCUGGGACGGGCGCGGCGAGGGCCUGCUCAUCGACCAGCCUCUCUUCGAGGCGGAGCUGCUGAGCCCGCCCGGGGCCGGCGGCGGGGGUGGCGGGGGCGGCGGCGGCGGGGGCGGCGGGGGCGGCGGCGGCGCCGGGGGGGCCGAACCGGAGCUCUUCAAAACUACCAACUUCACGAGCUUCAUCCGUCAACUCAACCUCUACGGCUUCCGCAAGGUGGUGCUCGGGGGCCCCGGGCCAGCGGGGCCCGGGCCGGGGCCGGGGGGUGGCGGGCCGGCGGGCGACGGGCCCCUGCACCACUUCCACAGCCCGCACUUCCGUCGGGACCAGCCCCAGCUGUUGGUGCACCUCAAGCGCCUCACCAGCGCCAACAAGGCCAAGCUGGCAGCCGGCCUCGAGGUCUCUUGCCGCCCGCCCAACCGCUUCCAGAGGCUGCUGCUCACCUCCGCCUCGGCCUCGGCCUCGGCUUCCACCUCCCCACUGCAGCACCAGGAGCCGCCACCGCCACCCCCGCCCUCGGGGGCCCGGCCUGAGCCUCACGGACCAGUGGCCGUAGGACAGUUUCACCGGUCAUUCCGGAGAGAUAGUUUGUCUCCUUAUUCCUACGUAUCAACUUCAUCCCACAACCACAGCACUUUCCCGCUGAAAGGUUUAGAUCGGACCCCGAUCCCUCCUAGAACGUGGCAGAACUCCCUUGGGAUGCACCCAGGACAGGUGGAGACUUCCCCCACUUUCUCAGAUAAAGGGGUUCCAUUUCCUGUACUGCAGAGGUUUCCAACUGAGGUUACGUAUACCCUCCAGCCCAGCGCCACAUCUGUUCAUGUUCAGCAAGGGCCUCAAACAAUGGUCAGCUCCUCCCAGAAAUAUAGUAACUACACACCCUCAGCGCAGUACUCCCAAGCCUACUAUCCAACAGCUGUACUACAAUGUUGCUCCCCAUCUACCCACAUGGAUGCCCUUAGUAGCUGUGUCAGUCCCACUGCCUCUUCCUAUGCACACUGCAAUUAUUUCCAGAAUCCUCCAAUGCAGUCUUCCUAUCCAGUUGAGUUUCUGCCUUCCAACUGGCCGUGUGGUGCUACCGAUGAAAAUAAGAAAACUGAAGUAAACUUGGAAGCUGUCUUUCAAAUUGUCGAUGAGCUACAUUCAUCCCCUAAACUGGAGAUGGUAAAGGUAGAGCCUGUAGAAAACCAGGGGCCAACGUCUCAGUCUAACAGGGGCCAACAUAUCCUGGCAAAUCCAAGCAAUAGCAAUGCAUCUUCCACGAGUCAGACUAGCCAACUAGAGCCACUUACUCCAGUAGGUUCAGAUAUUACAUCAUUUGUGGUUGGAACAGAACAAGCAAUUACCUGCUCUCUGCCACAGUCACCUGAAUAUAUCUAUACCAUCCACACUGCUCAGCCUGUUGAAAAUACCACUGCAAUAACAGUUCAGGAACCUGCAGGAGCCAUCCAACAAGCUCAUGUAAAACUGAAGGAACAGCUGAGUCAUAAUCCAUCUCCAUCAUCAGUAGUGUUUGUUCAGGAGGGGCUACCAUUCAGUGCACAUCAGGUGGAUGCCAGUAUAAAGUGCCAGACCAAUCCACCUGAGAAUAUCCUGCCUUCAGAGCAGAUGGGAUUCCUUAUUUCAGAUAUGGGGCCAGCCAACAAACCUAGUAAAGAUACAGGUUCAUCCACCCCAGCCAGAUACAGAGAGCGAAGAAGCAGCUCACAGCAGGGCAAGUCCCCUGAUCUCCAUCUGCUGGUGGAUGUGGCUUGCAAGCAGGAGCACUUUCCAAAGGAGGAAGAAUUAAAAGAGUGAGGAAUGGAUGACAAAUGUGACAUUGUGCACUAGCUGUUGGCUGGUUUCCUGGAGUCAGGCUGGCCUUGCACAUGACACACAGUUGGGAUUUUUUUCAGUUGUGUUAAGAAAAAAAUUUUUUUGUUCAUUGUGAAUUUUAUUGGGAAUUGGUCACUUUGGUAUUUACUACAUCUGUUCAGUUCAAAUUCUUUACCUUGACAAGCUAUAAAACAUCUAGUGGUCAAAUUAUUUAGCUACCCAGAUCCCUUACAAAUGGAAAGCCCUGGCUGUCUGUUACAAUCAGGAAGCCUCUAAAAACUGCUACAACCAUGGUACUGGAGAACAAUUUUUUUUUUUUGGUGCUGAUUUGUUAUCUUGCUACUCCAGUUUGCUGUGAACUGUAGUCAGCACAACUCCACUGAGGAGUUCAGUCUAUCUGUUUCAAGUCACAGUGUGGCCUUUUAAAAGAGGAUUGUGUGAGAAACAAAGGCAUGUAAGGUCACGAGAUCACAGGUCUGAAAUGGGUCAGGGAUUCCAGGGAAGCAGCUCUGGGAAAGAGCUAAUUUUCUAAGUGAUUAACCAGGAAAUGCUCUUACUUCCUAACCCAGAAUUCUGUUUCAACAGCAAGGCGUCCGGACCUAGGACCAUCCAUCACACUUAACAGCCGCUGAUUUCUUUAUAUUAAUGGAAGCAUUCUUCCAUUUUCAUAUUUUCCUUUGAUUUUAAUGAUAUAUUAUCAUAAAUGGUAAGAAAAUGGUUCCUGUAAUAUACUGCAUAUUUAGAUGUCUUCUAAAGAAAAGUAUUUAACUUGUUUAAUAUAUUGUAUUUAUAAAUGCUAGUAGAUUUAAGGGUUUAAUGACUAUAUAUUUGUAUUAAUAUUGAAAGAUAGAAGGAUAAAGGAUGCAUGUAUAUUUCUAUUCUGAUGGGAGAUUGUACAGUGUGUGAGCAAUGCAGCAUUAAUAUGUAACACAGUACUUUGCUUAUUCAGAUAUAUGUGUGUAUAUAUAUAUAUAUAAAAAUAUGUAGAGUAAAUCUUAAUCUUUAUCUGUAGAAAAUACAGUACCCAAAAUUUGAGUCAUUGGGGAGAACUGGUUGACAGUUAUUUAGCAUAAACUAUGCCUCCUAUAUUUUUUUUCCAUCUUCUGAGAGAGUUCUGGGUGGUGGGACAGACUAUAUAAGAUCUUUGUUUUAGUCCUCUUCAGGUUUUUUAACUUGAGCAGUUAGAUUGUGGGGCUAGUUUUGAGGUUUUUCUCCCUAGGGGAUGUAUUCUUGGCAGCUCAUUCUCUGUGGUUAACUCCCCUCCCAUAAAACAAAACCAAAAAAACACCAUCUCAUGACUGCUGGAAGCUUUCAGAUUUCAAACCUUUAAAAUAGGCUAGACCUACCUUCUUGAAUUAUGCUUCAGUUUGCCUAGUGAGUACCUGAAAACAUAAAACUCAUUAAAAACAAAAGGCACAUAAUGAUAUGGCAGGUGUAUUCUGCCAGCUAUGUGGGUGUCCUGAACUAAUUUCUGAGAUCCCAUUGUUUACAAGGGUUGAUUACAAACCUUGGAACUGUUAUGGAAACCAAGCUUUCUGGAAAAGGAUCAACUCUACAGUGACUUCAGCCAGUCCAGCUGUGAAAGUAGGUCCUUAAGGGUGAAUUACCCAUCUAAUAGGGCUAGUAGGUGUCCAUGUGAUGGGCAUUUGCCUUUGUUGGCAAAGCUCAAAGAAAAAUGAGUUGUUGAGGGCCCCAUCCAGUUUGCCUUUGGCAGACUAUGUAAAGAGAGACCCCACUGGCAAAUAAAGGAACUUUGCUUUUCCUUUGGUAUGUUGCAAAGCUGACAUUACUGUACAGGUGAUGCUCCUUCCCUUAAUCUUGCUUUCUCAGAUCUGUACAUUGAAAGAGGUGAUAUCUUUUUGGAAACAUGAGCCAAGCAGGAGCCUUGGCAUAUAUUUAGAUUUGGUGGUUUUAAAAGGCUUAAUUAAGGAAAUGCCAUUAUCAGCUUUCCGAAUUUUUUAUAUAUGAAUACAGCAAAGGCCAAGGAGCUGGAUCUCCUGCCAUACUCACAUGCAUGGUACUUAUCAGCUAAAGUUAUCCUUAUUGACUUGGGGAAAAUGGCAAAAGAUAAAAUAGUCUCUGCAUGAAUUAGCCAGUAGUGCAUGACACAUGCUAACAAGGCUCCUGACUUGCACCUCAGUAUUUCAGCACCUUAAGCACUGAUGUAUUUCAAUCAGUCAACAAUAAAGUGAGUGUUCCAACUAGACACAA